UUUUAAUUUAGGAUACAAAGUUAAAUCAUGUCAGUUUCCCAGAACCAACUGGAUUAUGUUUCAAUCAAAAUGAAGCCAUUUAUCAAGAUUCAUUUAGCUGCACUGGAAAAUCUUUGGAAAACGUAGAUAGGAUCUCACUUGGUCUUAUGGAUGACUGGGAUACAGCAAUAACAUUUACUGCAAAAACGUCAGGUGAAUUUCAUAAUGAUAUAACACCUACUGCGACAGAAAAAGUUUUGCCAUGGAAAAGAGAGGAGGAUAAUGAUUUCGGGCAACCUGUUAAACAAAAGGAAUUUCCAGCCUGGUGUUCAAAUAAAGAUUAUCUUACCUACAGUUCACCUAGCACAACUGUUUUAGCCAACUUUUACGAAUCAAACAUGCCUAUUUAUGCUCCAAACACAAAUUCUAGAAUUAAAAAAGAAGGUUUGAAGGACAAGAUGUCACAGUCACUACCAGAAUAUUGGAAUAAGAAAAUACGUUGUUCUUUACCAAAGUCUCGUUCAAAAAAUCUUACGAAUCUGACUAAAGCAUUGUUGUUGUCUCACUCGGAUUCAUCAAUCGACUUUAGAUACGACUAA